UCGUUGAUACCGUCUGCUCCAUGCGGAUUUUGUGGAAAUAUUUUUAUCGAAAAGUGAUUAAUUAAUUUGAAAAAUGCCUCCAAAAGCAAAAGCAGCUGCGUCUAGUAAAAAAACCGAACAAAAAAAGAAGGAGAAAGUGAUAGAGGACAAAACUUUCGGAUUGAAAAACAAAAAGGGCGCUAAACAGCAGAAGUUUAUUCAGCAAGUCGAAAAGCAGGUUAAAUCUGGCGGGCAGCAUCCGAUUAUGCUGGAUGGCUCCGGCAAAAAAAUAGACAAAGAGAAGAAGCUUAAAGAACAGAAGGAGCUGGCGAUGCUGUUCAAACCGGUACAGUCGCAAAAGAUCGAGAAAGGUGCCGAUCCUAAGUCGGUCGUUUGUGCGUUUUUCAAACAAGGCCAAUGCACGAAAGGCGAUAAGUGUAAGUUCUCGCACGAUUUGACCAUUGAACGAAAGGCGGAGAAACGAUCGCUUUAUUUCGACAUGCGAGAUGAUGAAGAUGCCAUGGAUAGUUGGGAUGUCACAAAACUGGCAGAAGUGGUUGAAAAGAAGCACGGCGAGACUAAUAAGAUACCAACGACUGAUAUUAUUUGCAAGCACUUUUUGGAAGCCGUCGAAAAAUCGAAGUAUGGUUGGUUUUGGCAGUGCCCCUCCGGCGAAAAGUGUAUUUACAGGCACGCUCUCCCUCCCGGAUUCGUCCUGAAGAAAGACAAGAAGAAGGAGGACAAGGGAGACGAAAUUUCCCUAGAAGAUCUAAUCGAGAGGGAACGAGCAGCGCUUGGUCCUAAUCAAACGAAAAUCACCUUGGAAACGUUCGUCGCGUGGAAAAAGCGUAAACUGUUCGAGAAGGCGGAAGCUGAGAAGAAGGCAGAGGACAAGAAACGAAGCGAUUUCAAAGCCGGUAGGCAAGUGGGGCUGUCUGGUAGGGAGAUGUUUAGCUUUAAUCCCGAUUUGGUGGCUGAUGAAGACAUGGAGGAGGGUGAUGAGGCAUUCGAUUAUUACGCUGUCGAGGACGAAGAUGAUAAUGUAUAUAAAGAAUUGGAGCUUGAUAUUAUAGGUCUGGAAGCACAAGAGGCGGAUAACUCGGGUACCAUGGCGGCGGUAGAUCGCCUGAAAGUUAACCUAGUAGAAACUCUACCUAACGGAAUAUCGAUAGGUGGAGAGGUCCCAAUUAAUGAGAACCUAUUUGUCGAUGAUGACCUUGAGGAUUUAGACAAUGAGCUUCAAAACCUAGAGAUUGAAAAAUGAUGCACACUGUAAUCAUUAAUUUUAAUGUAAAAAUAUGUAACUAUUAAAUUAAGAAUAAUUUAG